AAGGAGUAGCGUCUGUGCGCGGGUCUACCAGAAAAGACCCGAGGACAUUGGGCGUGAGCCACGCGCUAGUCGCUCGCUCGCGGUCUCUGGUGAGGGCUGAUCUGGGAGGACAUUCUUCCGCCAACGAUUGUGAAAGCGCAAGGCCAAGAUCGAGGAGGCAUUUUUAAAGGAUUGAAUUAAAAACAGGACUGGCCAGGUCUGUAGUUAUUGCAGUUGCUGGGACCCAGAGGAUAACUUGCUGCAGGAUGAACUAAGGGAAGAGGACAUACACUCAUCAGUAUGGACAGACAUUUGCCAGUUUCCAAGAUGCAAAACUCAUCCUCACCAUUGGAAAAGCAAACCGGUCCAGCAUAUGGGAAUGGGGACCUUGAUUCAGAGGAAGGUUCUGGCCUGGAGGAAAACGGCUUUAGCUGGGGAGACUAUUUGGAAGAAACAGGCACCAGGGCGGCGCCACACUCAUCCUUCAGGCAUGUGGAAAUCAGCAUCCAGAGUAACUUCCAGCCGGGAAUGAAGUUGGAGGUGGCCAAUAAGAACAAUCCAGACACUUACUGGGUGGCCACGAUCAUCACCACUUGUGGACAGCUGCUGCUUCUGCGUUACUGUGGUUAUGGGGAGGACCGAAGGGCGGACUUCUGGUGUGACGUGAUCAUAGCAGAUCUGCACCCCGUGGGGUGGUGCACACAGAACAACAAAGUGUUGAUGCCUCCGGAUGCUAUCAAGGAGAAGUACACAGACUGGACAGAAUUCCUCAUACGGGAUUUGACUGGUUCUCGGACAGCGCCUGCCAACCUUCUGGAAGGUCCUCUGCGAGGGAAAGGCCCUAUAGACCUCAUUACAGUUGAUUCCUUAAUAGAGCUUCAGGACUCUCAGAACCCCUUUCAGUACUGGAUAGUUAGUGUGAUUGAAAAUGUCGGAGGAAGAUUACGCCUUCGCUAUGUGGGAUUGGAGGACACUGAAUCCUAUGACCAGUGGUUGUUUUACUUGGAUUACAGACUUCGACCAGUUGGUUGGUGUCAAGAGAAUAAGUACAGAAUGGAGCCACCUUCAGAACUCUAUCCUCUGAAGAUGACUUCUGAAUGGAAAUGUGCUCUAGAAAAAGCCCUAAUUGUUGCUGCAGAGUCUCCUCUUCCAAUGGAAGUAUUUAAGGACCAUGCAGACCUGCGAAGCCAUUUCUUCACAGUUGGGAUGAAGCUGGAGACAGUGAAUAUGAGUGAGCCCUUUCAUAUCUGUCCUGCAUCAGUGACCAAGGUUUUUAACAAUCAUUUUUUCCAAGUGACUAUUGAUGACCUAAGACCUGAAUCUAACAAACUCUCGAUGCUGUGCCAUGCGGAUUCUUUGGGAAUUUUGCCAGUACAGUGGUGCCUUAAAAAUGGAGUCAACCUCACACCUCCCAAAGGUUACUUGGGCCAGGACUUUGACUGGGCAGAUUAUCACAAGCAGCAUGGGGCAGAAGAAGCACCACCCUUCUGCUUCAGAAAUGCAGCCUUCAAUCGGGGCUUCACAAAGAACAUGAAGCUUGAAGCUGUGAACCCCAGGAAUCCAGGAGAGGUGUGUGUGGCUUCUGUGGUCAGUGUGAAGGGGCGGUUGCUAUGGCUCCAUCUAGAAGGUCUUCAGACUCCAAUUCCAGAGGUCAUUGUGGAUAUGGAUUCCAUGGAUAUCUUCCCUGUGGGCUGGUGUGAAGCGAAUUUUUACCCUUUGACCACACCACACAAGACAGUCCCCGAUAAGAAGAGGAAGAUUGCAGUUGUACAGCCGGAGAAACAAUUGUUAUCCGCAGUGCCUGUUGAGAAAAUACCUCAUGACCGUUGCUUGUUACCUCACACGGACACUGCAGCAGGAACUGUCAACGGGAAGUACUGCUGCCCACAGUUGUUUGUCAACCACCGGUGUUUCUCAGGCCCGUUCCUGAACAAAGGGAGGAUUGCAGAGCUACCUCAGUCAGUGGGGCCUGGCAAGUGUGUACUGGUGCUUAAAGAGGUUCUUAGCAUGAUAAUCAAUGCGGCCUACAAGCCUGGGAGGGUAUUGAGAGAAUUGCAAUUGGUGGAAGAUCCACACUGGAAUUUUCAGGAGGAGACACUCAAGGCAAAGUACAGAGGCAAAACAUACAGGGCUGUGGUUAAGAUCGUACGGACAUCAGACCAAGUAUCAAAUUUCUGUCGGCGAGUUUGUGCCAAGCUGGAAUGCUGUCCAAAUUUAUUUAGUCCUGUGUUGAUUUCUGAAAACUGCCCAGAGAACUGUUCUAUUCACACCAAAACCAAAUACACCUAUUAUUAUGGAAAAAGAAAGAAGAUCAUUAAACCCCCCAUUGGGGAAAGCAGCAUUGAAACCCCGCAUCCAAAACCAGCCAGGAGAAGGAAACGACGGAAAUCUGUCUUUGUGCAGAAGAGACGGAGGUCUUCCGCUGUGGACUGCCCAGCAGGCUCCGGGGAGGAAAGCGAAGAGGAGGAGGCAGAUGCCCCGGAGGAUGACACCGCGAGUGAGGAAACUAGUUCCGAGGUCCGAGAUGACCAGACAGAUACCUCAUCAGCAGAAGUGCCCUCUGCCCGGCCCCGGAGGGCUGUGACCCUGAGGAGCAACUCAGAGGCCGUGAAGCGGCCUCCAGUGGAGAGGGCACGAAGGGUCCGCCCAGUGCCAACCACUCCAUCUGCUGAUGAAGGAAACAAGGGUCCACCUGCUAAGCCUGCGGAACCAGAGAGCCACCUAGCCCGCCGGCAAGGCAGGAGUAAGUACAGCAAGCCGAAGACGAAACAGAAGAAGGGACCUUCCACGUGUGCACCUCUCACUCUUGAAACUUCCCUUCGUCGCCCUGACCAUGCCCUCAAAGGUGUGGUCAGGCACACCCGUAGCCAGCACCUAGCAGGCAUGGUUAAGGUGUCCCCUACAGAGCUGCCUUCCAGUCAGGAAACAAAGCAAGAGGAGGAGGAAAGGCUGAUUCUGGAGAGUAAUCCACUGGAGUGGACAGUCACAGAUGUGGUACGAUUCAUCAAGCUGACAGACUGUGCGCCCUUGGCCAAGAUCUUUCAGGAGCAGGACAUUGAUGGCCAGGCACUCCUACUGCUGACUCUACCAACAGUGCAGGAAUGUAUGGAGCUGAAGCUGGGACCUGCUAUCAAGUUAUGCCACCAGAUCGAGCGAGUGAAAGUGGCUUUCUAUGCCCAGUAUGCUAAUUAAAUCGGCUGGCUUUCUUGGGGUGGUGCCUCAUUCUCAUGAUGCUGUUGUAUUUGUGAAGGUUUCCAGGACUGAGACCUUGAUUUUCUUGGCUUUAUGAAAUGGUACAUUCAUUGAGGAUCUCCAAAAGCCCGAAGCCCAGCACCUCCUUCAUGCACCAGCCUUGUCUGAUGGUUCUGUUUCUGAAGCACACAAAAGGACCACAGCAACGGUUUCUGGGACUGUAGUGAAAGUUCUGAGAUAGAACCUCCCUGGCUCUGGACGUACUUCUUCAUCUCCGAGUUUCAUUUUUCUCCCACCCAAACUAGGCAGCUUCCUGUAAGCCAGGUUUCCUUACACUGAGGUCCAGGUUCUUGGAAAACUGAGAUGGACUGAAUGCCUCCAAGCAGAAUCCCUAACUUGCUGGCAGCUUUGCCUGACUCACUCUCAGGCUCUUCUACAGAUGUAUCUGCCCCACACAUGCAAACUACUGUGUUUUAGAGUCCCCUGCUGUCCCAUUUGAUGUCAUUGACAACUCCUUUCUCCAACACAACUGUAGGCUCUGUUUCAGGAUGCUUGUAUAAAAUGAUGUGCUAAGCUCUGCCCUCUGUCAGAGGUGCCCUUUCACAAGUAUGGCUGCUCACAUUAGACAGCUACUGUGUAAGCAGAGCCCAGAACACUGGCAGUGGCAAGCACUCUCCAUAGUCUCCUGCAGAACCAUAGCUUCAGUGUUCUGAGAUCACCGUAAUCAGUUAAGAGGAGGCUAGUUUAGGGAAAUACCAAAUUGAAGGAAGAGCUUUCAGUGGGCAAGCAUGGGAAGAGAUUUGGGGAAGUGUUUUGUGAACUAGAUGUUUCCACUUAGAAAUGUUAACACAGCUGGUCACUGUAAAGGAGCCCUUCUGCACCUCUCUUCUGGCUUACCACAUGUGAAGCAAGCAUGAGAAAGCAGUAAUGCCUAGCAUAAUAUAGCAGAGCUAAUGCUGGAUCUGGACUCAGAUAGUUUCCAUCCUGACUUUGCUGAUGACCAAUGUCAUGUCCUUAGGCAACUCCCCACCACUCUGGACUCAAGCUCCCAUUGAAGGAAAAGUUAUGACACUUAGUGGUGAGGCAUUGAGUAUAUACAUCUCCCCAGCUUUCUCCUUGUUCUUGCUGGAGGAGUCCAGGUGGGCCAAAUGAGACAAAGAAUUGGGCCACGGAACUUAACCUUCCAGUUCCGGCAUUUCAAUCUCUUCGAGGUUGCUUAUGAAAUUUCACUAAGUCAUUUAUAGAAUAAUGAGUGAUUAUAAAAUUUGGCUGGUCUUUUUUACCCAGCACUUCAUCUGUGCUUUCUCAUGAGUGGUUCAACAUGUGCUUAUAAACCCCAAAGGACUGAAGUACAUAAUGACGUGGAGGCUACUUCCCUGUUCUUUUAAAACCAUGCAAGGAAAUCAAACUUUGACUCCAUUGAGGAGUGCAUGUUCAUUGGGAAGCUUAACUAUAUUUCUAUAUCAAUUUUAUGUUGAUCUUUUCUCCUUGACUAGAGAAGAGUCUAAACUGUCCCAAAACAUGGUAUGACAGGCUGAUCGCUGCUUGUGUUUUGGUAACAUUUUAAGGUGUGGUAAUCUGCCAGGCUUUCAGAACUGUGAUUGCUUUUGCUAACCAUUCUCAAGAUUGUGCAAUGGUUGCUGAUCAACCAGAAAACAAAUUAUUUGUGGUUGAGACUUUCCCAAAGCUGCUUUUCUAGUGUCGAGCUACAGACCUUUGGUGAAUGGGUAUGCAUAGGGACAACUGGUGCGUAGGGACAAUUGAUGUCCUUUGUGGUGCUGUAAGGAUGGAGCUGUCCCCAUGCAGCUGCCUGCAAGGUUGUGUUGCAGUUGAAUUUCUCUCUUCUAAGCUACAUGUUGAACCUUCCUCCUUAGCCGUAUGCUUUUGGCCAUAAAUGCUCAAUGUAUCUGUUGGACAGGGUAUCUAUUUCAAGGUGGUAUAGCAACUCUCCCAUGCUGACCCCUUGGUCCCUCACUGUGACCUUCUCAAGAUGAGCUGUUUCUUUUGCAUCUGAAACCAGGGUGCAGCUGUGGCAUUGAUAGAGCAUGAUAUGCUUUGAGAACAAAUGUCACUUUUUCAUGCCAUUUCCAGUAAUGACAGCGAGGAUCAGGUGUUGCUUUAGAACAUGCAGAUUUUUCUAGAGGUCUGUUGAGCCCACACAAAGAGCCAGAAGAACAUUACAGAAAAUCCAGUCAGGAUAUGGCCACCGUUGGUCAGAAACCCUUCAUCCUAUGGAACCAGAAAUCCCUUUCUGUCCUCAUCCUUGGGCCGUGCAGUUUAACAUCAGUGUCUCUCUGCAUGGUAUCAGUCCCUUCAGCCUCACUCUUAGUCUUCAGCUCCAGCAAGGAAAGAUGACAUUAAUCUUAGCAGAAGAGUGCCCAGCCAGGAGCCACCCUCAUCAGAGCCCAGCCCUCCAGGAAAAGGGGAUGGUCCUCCAGAGCUUUGGUCUGGGAUGGCGUGGCGUGCUCAUCAUGCACACAGCAAUUUUGUUACUACAUUGUAAAGUGGGCUUUGUUUCUCUCUAGACUCACAUCUCCCCUGCUUCUGUCUUAAACAUGGGGCUGAUUCCCAAGGAACAAUUUGCUCUAUAUCCCCAUUACUAUGGCAGAAAAGGAAAUGGAUCUUAUAUACAUUCCCCACAUACCACCACAACCCAUACACCAAAAUAGUCUCUAAAUACCGACAAAUGGUGCCCUUGUCCUAUUCCUUCCUGUACAGUAUCACUUCAUUAUCUUUCUGAUUCUCCUCUGGGACCAGAGUCCUCUCCUUCAUGUACCCACACCUUGGAUACAUCACACCAUUCAUUGCCUCUUGUAACCAGCCAAGCAGACACCCUCCAGUCUGUGCCAUGCAAUUGAGGAAGGGAAACAUCACCUCACCUUAAAUAAUGACAGUCUGUCAUUUAUUCCCACUCUAAAGUUUAGGGAGUUUGUUAUAGUCCUUAACUUCCUGACUGCAUUUGUACUGUAUUAUAAAAAAAUUAUCCUGUCCACAAAAUAAAACAUACCCUGAUCAAAGCAGAGUAUACUGGCAUGGCAUAUCUUUGCUAUUCACCGUGGUGUCCUUCGCCACAGCAUCUAACCUAGAGCUCACAGAACAGGUCUGCCACUUUUAAAGAUAGAUGCCUUUGAUCAGAGUUCAACUCACCAACGGUAUUUGGUGUUUGAAAUCAGCUCUAUAACUAUUUAAGUCCCUAGACAUUAUUUGAUCAUCUUCAAAAAAUAAUUUCCUGUGUUUUCUUUGAUUUGCCUCAAUAAAUUAGGAUGAUCCACACCUUAACACUACCAAAUCUGACCUUUACUGCCAUCUUUACAUGGUUCCUUUUGAUCAGCCUUUUGAAGAUAGGUCCCUCCUAAUCUGUCUCAGAAUUUUGAGUGUUCUAUGAGACAAAUACUGGGUUUGUUGUUUAUGUUACACCAAACACCCCUUCCUGAGAGUUGUUCCUUAGUUUUGGAAGCACUCGGGGUUUUCAUGCUUAUUUUAUAUAACACCCAUUUAUAUUUAUUUCUGUAUAUAGAAAGAGAACAGAACAGUAGUAGAUCUUUGUUGUGAUUUGACAUUGCUGCUUUUGGGUUAGGAUAGUGAAUCUAGGUUCCAAGUCCUCUCUAUUCUGACUUUGGAGAGCUGUGAUUGAGUGUGCAAUUAUUUGGAGGGAGAAAAUGUAAAUUAAGGUUUCUGUAGUGUUUAUGGAAGAAGUCUCUGGAGACAGCUACUGCUUGUGUCUCUUUGGUGCAAUAAUAACUAGCAAGGAGAAGCUGAAAUGCCGACCAGUCUAGUCUUACUUGCUCACAAUUCCUUUCUGUUCACAAAGUUUCUGAAAAUUACUCUCUUUAACUGGGUUAACUUUUUAAGUUGCUUAAUUCUCGUAACUUUUAAAACUUUGGUGGUUUAGAGGGAUCCAAAAUAUGAUAUUACAAAAUGAAAAUGUGGUAUUUGUGACCCAUUUAAUUUACUGAAAAAAAAUCUUUUUUUUUUUUUUCUGUCCUGCCUGGUCUCCUUGGGUUUUAGUUUUUAAAAGGCUUUGUGGUUUAAAUGAUAAAUGAUUAUUCGGUUUUCUGAGCUAUAGACUUCCUUGUUCCAUUUUCUUUUGAUGGCUAGGGCUCAGCACCAGUGAGGGUGUGGGGUCAAGUCAUAAAACCAAGGCAGAACAUCACUUUGGGAAGGACAAAGAGGAACACUGAAGAAGGAAAAGUCUAGAACAAUCUUUUGCUAAAAAUUACUUUAUGAUGAAAACUAAUAGGAAGGGUUUUUUUUAAUUUUUGAAUAAUAGAAAAGGUAAACAUCAUGCCUGUCAUUCAGAAUGCAAGCUAACAUAAUCUGUGUAAGCAGUCACUAACGGCGGGAGCCCUUUAUCUUUCACUCUCCACUUUGAAAAGUUUGUAUUGCUAUUUGGUUCAUAUCUUGUCUUUGUUUUAGUGCAUAAAAGAGAAAAGAAUCAGUGUCUUUACUUUUGAAAUUUAAAGGACAAAGGGCAUGCUCUCUCAGUUUGUUGUAAGAUUGUAUUCUGUAUAUAUGUUUCCAUGUACAUAAAUGAAAAUAUAUAUCAGAGUUAUAUUUUAAUUUUUAUUCUAAAUGAAAAAAACCCUUUUUACUUGAAAACAUGGUAAACCACAUUGUUAAUAAAGUCAAAAUAAAUUCUAUGGUGGUG